CACGAUUGUCCGAAGAAAUAGCAAGAUCUUUCAAAUUAUUUGCUAUAGAUAGUUGCUUACGGUUUUACUAGAAACAUUUUCGUGACGCAUUUAACGUAAAAUCAUUAUUGAAGUCAAGUUGUGGGUAUCGUGGGUAACAUGCAGUUUCCAAUUUUAUUGUUACUGUUUGUAGUAUUGGGUGGUUUCUCCAUAUGCACUGCCCAAACUGCAAAAUGUGCUCAAAAUGGUGAAUAUUGCCUAACGCAUCAAGACUGUUGUUCGAGAAGCUGUCUGAGUUUUUCAUACAAAUGUGUGCCGGUGCCAGCAGGUCCUUCGAUUGGCACCACAAUGGUACCGGUCAAACCAACCCCGAUUGAUACUGAGAACCGUUUCGGUGGUGACGAUGGUGGAGCCAGUUUGACGCAAAAAACCUGCGCCUUAAAUGGAGAAUAUUGCCUCACUCACAUGGAAUGCUGCUCGGGUAGUUGUUUGACUUUCUCUUAUAAAUGUGUGUCCUUAAAUCCACCCGCCACGAGCAUUACUGUAUCGCAAGAUUCAACGCCACAAAUCGCAACCGUAAGCUUUACACAACGUAUUGGUGAUGAAUCUUCAAUUAGCACUACAACAUCGCCUCCUACAACUCAAAAGAAAUGCGCUUCAAUUGGCGAAUAUUGUUUGACUUCUUCCGACUGUUGUUCAAAAAGUUGCUUAAGCUUUGCUUACAAAUGCGUCAAUAGAUAUGACCUUUCAUCGGAUUCAGCGUCGGCGCCACAAACACCAACAGUUUCAACGUCUAAUCGAUUUGGUGAAUCAGCUUCAACAGCUAAUACGGGAACCUCGAGCCGUAAAUGUACAAAUAAUGGAUUAUACUGUUUUCACAAUCAUGAAUGUUGUUCUGGCGCUUGCUUCAAAUCAAUCUGUUCUACAGAGAUUCGAAUAGGUGUUCCAGAAUCAGAGUUAACUCGUCCAUCAGCGGUCAAUGGCCCUUAUAUUCCUGUAAAUGAUUUAGAUGACCUAAUCUCAAGGUUUGGAGUACAGACCACGACAGCGAAAAAUGUGAAUGGAGAACGAAAUGCCAGACAAUGUAAAGUAAUUGGUGAUAUUUGUAACCGAGCUGAAGACUGCUGCACAAAAAAUUGCCAUUCAUACAGGCGUAAAUGCGUCAAUUGAUUCUUUUCUCUGUACAUUUAUGAUUACGGUAAUUCAGAUGUAAAGCAUGUUCUGUGCGGUUAAAAACUGUUCUAAUAAAAAUUGGACAUCAGUCAUCACCAGUACAAGCAUA